AUGAGGGAGUCUGAUCAAACUGCAAAUUUCUUAGUCUCAGAAAUAAACGAAAAUUUAACAGAUUGGUCAGUAAUAAUAUCAACAAACAAUUUCUAUCUACACCCAACCAUCCCAGGGAGAGAACCCAAACUAUAUCUUGAUGAGUGGCAUUAUAAAACUGGUUUUAAGGAAAAUGUGGAUUUAUACCCUGACAAAGUUUUAGAUCUGAAAGGGAAAGCUUUCAGAAUUGCUACAGCUAAAUAUUUACCUUUAUGUCAACCAUAUCCUUUGGAGGGUACAGAAAUGAGAACAGUAUUGUAUUUCUGUAAGAAGUUCAAUUGCACCCCCGAGCCUGUUACUGAUGAUGCCUUCUGGGGAACAAUUUAUGAUAACUUGUCUGCAGAUGGUUCGUUAGGUAAUGUCUACAAUGACAGGGCUGAUAUAGGAACCCUGGGAAUCUACCUUUGGCUCAAGGAAUGGUACUACAUAGAUUACUCUACAAGUUAUUUAGGAAGUGAAGCCACAGUAAUAGUUCCAAAGCCCACAAAACUGAGUGCAUGGAUUCUACCAUUUUUGCCUUUUAAAUUCGACAUGUGGAUAGCAUUUUUUAUUUCUUUAUUUUUGUCAGUAUCUUCGCUAUAUUUAAUUACCAGAGCAUCAAUAAGAUUCACUCGUUUUCGUGAUCAUCUUAUCAUGAAAGUCCAAUUUACUACAGUUGAAGACAGCAUCAUAAGAGCUAUAGGUUUAGCUGUUUUACAACAACCGUCUUCACGUCUCAAUGGAAACUCACCAAACCGAUAUUUAUUCACUUCUUUUGAGUUCUUGUACUUAGUACUUUCAGCUAUGUAUUCAGCAGAGUUGGCUUCAUUUCUCACUGUUCCUUUUUAUCAUCCUCCAAUAGAUACUUAUCAUGAUUUUGCACAGAGUAGAAUGGAUUGGUUCACAUCAAAUAUAGCAUGGGUAUAUACUCUUCAAAAUGCUGUUCAAGAUGAAGAUACAAAAUUAAUUGUUGAUCAUUUUAGUGUGCUCUCAGCAGAUGAACUCAGGGAAAAAAUUAAAGAAGGAAAGUAUGCUUUUGGUGUUGAAAGAAUGCCUGGAGGGUCAAUUACUGAACAAGAUUAUCAGACAUCAGAUGUUAUUCCGAUGUAUCAUAUUAUGAAAGAGAAACUGUAUGGUUCUGCUUUUGUAGCAUCCAUAAAGAAAGGAUCUCCUUACUUAAAGCACUACAACGAAGUUAUCUUGAAAGUUGUUGAACAUGGCCACUUUUUAUAUUGGGAAAAUGAUAUUGUAAGGCAAUAUUUAGUUUCAAGCAUCCAGGCAGCUUAUGAAGAAGCCAAAACAGUUCGCAUUGAUCAUUCUCCAGCAGUUAUACAAGUUUCAAAUAUUCAGGGUGUGAUUUUAAUUUAUGCUUUUGGAAUAAUCAUUUCAAUAAUUGUAUUUUUAGUUGAAAUCAUAAGAUAUAGAAAAAGCAAAAUUAUGUCAUUUAGAGAGGAGAAAAAAUUGUUAAAAUUUUAA